UUGACUAUUGAAAGUAAUGGAGGGAGAACAGAAGGAAGCACCUGCGAUCGGCAUUGACCUUGGAACAACAUAUUCAUGUGUCGCGGUCUGGAAGCAUAAUCGAGUCGAAAUCAUACCCAAUGAACAAGGCAACAGAACCACACCGUCUACUGUUGCUUUUCGUGAUGAAGAACGCCUUGUUGGUGAUGGUGCCAAGAAUCAAGCCGCCAUGAAUCCUGCUAACACCAUUUUUGAUGCUAAGAGGUUGAUUGGAAGGCGAUACAGUGAUCCAAAUGUGCAGGCUGACAUGAAGUUGUGGCCUUUCGAGGUGAUAAAGUGGUUCCCCGACACGCCUAAGAUUGUUGUCUCGUACGAUGGUCAAACGAAGAGAUUUUCGGCCGAAGAAAUUUUAGCAAUGAUACUUGGAAAGAUGAAAGAGACUGCUGAGGCAUACCUUAGAAAAGAUGUGAAAGAUGCUGUUGUAACGGUCCCAGCUUAUUUUAAUAAUUCGCAGCGUCAAGCAACACAGGAUGCUGCCACUAUUGCUGGAUUAAACAUCAUCCGCAUGAUCAGCGAGCCAACAGCCGCUGCAAUCGCGUAUGGUCUAGAUAAUAAGUUUGAUAUUACUAGAAAAAUGAAUUUGCUUGUGUUUGACUUGGGUGGUGGUACUUUUGAUGUCUCUAUGUUGACUAUCGAUGAAACGGGUAGUUUUAAAGUGAAAGCUGUUGCGGGUGACACUCAUUUGGGAGGUGAGGAUUUUGAUAACUGUAUGGUGGAUCAUUGUGUUCAGGUAUUCAAACGAAGAUGGAACAAAGAUUUGACAACGAAUGUAAAAGCGUUGGGGAGGUUACGAGUUGCGUGUGAGAAAGCGAAAAGGAUUCUCUCAAGCACUACGCAGACGUCGAUCGAUUUAGAUUUCUUGCACGAGGGGGUUGAUUUUUCAAUGAAGUUUACUCGCGCCAAGUUUGAAGAGCUGAACAUGGAGUUAUUCGAUAAAUGUAUCGAGAUCGUGGAGAAAUGUUUAAAUGAUGCAAAUAUUGAGAAAUCAGAUGUAGAUAAGAUUAUUCUUGUCGGUGGGUCGACCAGGAUACCAAAGGUCCAGUGUAUGUUGCGGGAACUAUUCGACUCAAAGGAGUUAUGCAAGAGCGUGAACCCUGAUGAGGCUGUCGCGUAUGGUGCAGCCAUAAUGGCGGCAAAUUUAAGCGGUGAUCAUAGUCACGAGAGUGUCAAAAAUUUGUUGUUAUCGGAUGUCACACCUUUGUCACUUGGUGUUGAGACAAUAGGACAAGUAAUGAAUGUUGUGAUCCCUAGGAACACUCCAAUACCUACAAAGGAGACUCAAGUGUAUUUUACAACUGAAGAUGAUCAAACUUUUAUAAAUAUCAAGGUGUAUCAAGGUGAAAGAGCGAGAUCUAUAGAUAACCAUUUGUUGGGGAAGUUCGGUAUUUCUGGGAUACCGCGCGCUCCCAAAGGAGUUUCGAAAGUCAAAGAAUGCUUUGAAGUAGACGCUAAUGGUAUCCUUACCGUCACAGCGGAGAUAUUAUCUACCGGGAUGACUAAGAAAAUGGUAAUAAGUAACGCAAAUGGAAGAUUGUCAAAGGAACAGAUUGAAAAGAUGGUAAAAGAUGGCGAAAGAUACAAACUUGAGGAUCAAGAAUACAAGAAAAAAGUGGAGGCAUUUAAUGAGUUAGAAGAAUUGAUAUACAUCAAGAGGAAUAAGAUCAAAGACGACGGUAUCAAGAAGAAGUUGCAUCCGUUCAUCGUGGAGAAGAUAGAGGAUGCCUUAGAUGACACGACUCGGUGGCUUGAGGGCAACCAAGGGGCCGAUGUUGAUGAGCUUCAACGCGUGAAGGCUACGCUAGAGCUUGGUUGGAUGUCACUAAUCUAGUCAUGUCGUUAUGUUCGUUGUGUGACAUGUUUUGCUUACAUAAAUUUGGGUGUAUAUAAGUUGAUGGGUCUGUAAAUUUGUAUAUAUAGCAAAUCUCUGUUACCUUUUCUUUC